AUGUCCGAAGCAGUGGAAGACCUCUUCCUAGAGUCAUCGACAAUUCAGUAUUCUAGUCUUCUCAAGUCGACUUAUCGUGGUGUUUAUGAAGGAGAUUUCUUCGGCCUUCACGAUAAUCGAGGUACUCUCCCGACAUGGGUUGAGCUCUCGCGCCCCAUCAAGUCUGACCCUCCGCCGCAUGUGAGAAGGCGGUGUCGUCUCUUUCCAGCUCGCGUCUUCCAACUCCCACCCCUCCUGCCGUCAACACGACACCCCUCCAAAAAUAUGCUAGCUUCGCUCUCACCCUCCGGCGCUACAUCCCUCUCUUCAUCACCGUUCUCGCCGGCGGCGUCUAAGGGUCAAGCUCGGCGUGGAUAUACAUUAGGCAUAAACGGCGACGAUGCGUUCGAACCGCGUGCGUUCGCGUCGCCUCUGCAGCCGGGGGACAUGCGACUCCACCUGGUGUCGGAUGGUUGA